AUGGGAGGUAAAGGAAAGCAAACCAAACGAAUUAAAACCAAAGGAAAGAGCGUAGACAAGGGAAAAGAAGCGACAAACGUGAGACCUAAAGGAAAGAAAGGAAGUGAAGUAGAACCAUUAACUGAAACAUCUAACACAAACAUAACAAUUUGCGUAGUUUGCUUAGAAGACACUGACGAAGACUGGAUCCAGUGCUCAUCCUGUCGUGGGUGGGUACAUGAAGCAUGUGCAGACAUUCCAGAGUGUGGUGAUGGCUUCAUAUGUGAUCGAUGCAGACCUGGUAAGAACACUGCAAAGCUAUUAUCGGAAUUCACAGAUCAAGUUAAUUCAUGGAUGAAUCAGAAACUACAUGUUCUAGCCCUGUUUAUUGAUUUUUCUCGCGCCUUUGAUACUUUAGAUCAUAAUAAGCUGAUUAGGAAGUUAGAAAAUACAGGUAUUCGUGGACCUCUUUUAAAUUUGUGUAAAACUAUCAGACCAAUAGAAGCUACCGUGUUAAAAUUUGUGAAAGCUACAGCACAUCAGUCAAAGAAACCGAAGGCACAGCUCAAGGUUCCAUACUUGGACUAUUGCAUUUUAUAG